GAGGCGCCGGCGGAGGCCCGGCGCUAGAGCUAGCCUGCCGCGUGGGGACUGGGCGAGGCUCGGGGCCGCCUCACCGCGCCCCGUGCCUGCGCCACGCGCUCGGCUGCCCUGUCACCCUGCUACACUAACUCUGGCUGCUCCGGCCGUAGCGGCUCGUGCCGCAGGGCCCCGGGCUGUGGCGGGAGGGAAGAUGCUGCAGCCCGAGGCCCGGAAGGCCGCGUUCCUGGGCUGCAGGCGUCGCGGAAACUGAAAAUGGCCCUUCAGCUAUGCUAGGUCUAUAAUGGGAAGUGUCACGGUUCGAUAUUUCUGUUAUGGGUGCCUUUUUACAUCUGCUACCUGGACAGUUUUGCUUUUUGUUUAUUUCAACUUCAGUGAAGUGACUCAGGUCCAAGUAGAAUAUUAGAUCCACAGUUUAAAGCAAACAAAAUUGAUGAUAUGAUAGAUAAUCAAAUUGAAGAUCCAGAAAAAGGCCACCUGAAAUUCUCUUCUGAAUUGGGUAUGAUUUUCAGUGAACAUGAUCAGGAGUUGAGAGAUUUGGGCUAUCAGAAGCAUGCCUUUAAUAUGCUCAUUAGUAACCGCCUGGGCUACCACAGAGAUGUCCCUGACACGAGGAAUGCAGUGUGUAAAGAGAAGUCUUACCCAACUGACCUGCCAGUAGCUAGUGUUGUUAUUUGCUUCUACAACGAAGCCUUUUCUGCCUUGCUCCGGACAGUGCACAGUGUGCUAGACCGAACGCCUGCCUACCUGCUUCAUGAAAUCAUCCUCGUGGAUGACGACAGUGACUUUGAUGAUUUAAAAGGAGAACUAGAUGAGUAUAUACAAAAAUACCUCCCUGCAAAAAUUAAACUAAUCAGAAAUCCAAGGCGAGAGGGGUUGAUUCGUGGAAGAAUGAUCGGAGCAGCCCAUGCUACAGGAGAAGUCCUCGUGUUCCUGGACAGCCACUGUGAGGUGAAUGUGAUGUGGCUGCAGCCCUUGCUGGCUGUCGUCCAUGGGGACCCACACACAGUGGUGUGCCCGGUGAUCGACAUCAUCAGUGCCGACACGCUGGCCUACAGCUCAUCGCCUGUCGUCCGGGGUGGCUUCAACUGGGGGCUGCACUUCAAGUGGGAUCUUGUUCCGCUCUCUGAGUUGGGAGGAGCAGACAGCGCUACUGCACCGAUCAAGUCCCCUACAAUGGCUGGAGGACUGUUUGCCAUGAACAGACAGUAUUUCAAUGAGCUUGGUCAGUAUGACAGUGGUAUGGAUAUCUGGGGAGGAGAAAAUCUGGAAAUAUCAUUUCGGAUCUGGAUGUGUGGUGGGAAACUCUUUAUCAUCCCUUGCUCAAGAGUAGGACACAUCUUCCGGAAGAGGCGGCCGUAUGGCUCUCCCGAAGGCCAGGACACCAUGACACACAACUCGCUGAGGCUGGCGCACGUCUGGCUGGAUGAAUACAAGGAGCAGUAUUUUUCCUUAAGACCUGAUCUCAAGACCAAAAGCUACGGAAACAUCAGUGAACGUGUUGAGUUGAGGAAGAAGUUGGGCUGCCAGUCAUUCAAAUGGUAUCUGGAUAACAUUUACCCAGAAAUGCAGAUCCUGGGGCCCAAUGCCAAAGCCCAGCAGCCUGUCUUUGUCAACAGAGGGCCCAAGCGCCCCAGAGUCCUGCAGCGUGGACGGCUCUAUCACUUUCAGACCAACAAAUGUCUGGUUGCCCAGGGCCGCCCGAGCCAGAAGGGAGGCCUCGUGGUGCUUAAGGCCUGCGACUAUGAAGACCCAGCUCAGGUCUGGAUUUAUAAUGAAGAGCAUGAAUUGGUUUUAAAUAACCUCCUUUGUCUAGACAUGUCAGAAACUCGCUCAUCAGACCCACCGCGCCUCAUGAAGUGCCAUGGGUCAGGUGGAUCGCAGCAGUGGACCUUGGGGAAAAAUAACCGGCUAUACCAGGUAUCAGUUGGACAGUGCCUGAAAGUGGUGGAUCCCCUGGGCCAGAAGGGCUCUGUUGCUAUGGCGAUCUGCGAUGGCUCCUCCUCACAGCAGUGGCAUCUAGAAGGUUAGGAGUCCCUGGAUGGGACAGUACCUUGACGGGCAACACAGUACCAGGGGAGCUUUAGAAGGAAUGUGCUGGGCAGGAGAAGCCCACAUUACCCCCUGCCUGGGUGGAGAUAUCAAGGUCCUUUCUAAGCUGCUGUAGGACAUUUGUCACUCAUGGAGGGAAACUAGAAAAUCAUUUGAAUUCUAAAGAUUUGGGUUUAUAUAGAAGGCCAAAGCCAGGAAAUGGACAUUUCUAUUCACAUUUAUUUAUGCUUCUUUUUAGUCCCCUUUACUGAUGGAAUGAUUUUAAUCUGAUCAGGAAAUUGUGGUUUUCUUUCUUAGAAGAAAUGAGACAAUUUUUUUCUAUUAUGUUCUAAAUAGAUAAUUUAAAAAAUAAUUGAUCCACAUUAAAUUUCAUGAGACAUCAUAUUUAAGAGGCAGUUAUCUAUUGUAAAUUAUUGAUGACUUAUGGCACUAUCUAUGUUUAAAAUAAAAGAUGCAUUUAUUUAGGA